AGAACAUCUGUGCCCCGGCCCACACGAAAUCUCUCCCUGCCCACACCACCACGACCCUCUUUCGAUAGCCCAACAGCAUCCCUGUUCACCAUGGCAGGAAACGUAUCCUUUGCCGAUUUUGUCAAGAAGACUCGCGACCAGAAGCAGAAGGAGGCUCUCGCGCAAGAUUUCCUGGGCAGCCGUGGGCGCAAAGCGAAUGGCUCCGGCGCCGGCGCACUCCCCAAUGCCCGUCCUAACCCGCAGAAACCGAGCCUUGCGAGUCGCAUCAGUGGUGGUGUCCAGAAGCGCUCGUCUUCGGCGAAACCAGCCGGUGGUAGUAUCGACGGGAAAUGGCAGCACGACCUGCACAAGCUCAACAACCCCAAUGGACCAGCACCCAAGCGACUCAACCGCACCGCUUCGGCUUCGCUGAUCGACCGCAAUACACGCACCUUCGACAAGUUCGCACCCGUCGUGAGCAGGAAUGCGCGGAACAACGACACCAACGACUCGGCCGGAUUCAACAUUAGAGGUGUCGCUACCGGACAAGGUCCGUACACCGUCGUCGCCAGCAACUUCGCGCCGGGCACAACAUCAGCCGACAUCGAGGCCGUUGUGGCUCCGCAUGGAGGAGAAGUGCUCAGCUGCCGGGUGGUCACUGCCGCUCCCACGGUUAUGGCCGAACUCAUCUUUGCAACGAAGGAGGGCGCGGACAAUGUUAUUGCGACCUUCAACAACAAGAAGGCUGACGGUAGACUUCUCUAUGUAUACUUGAAGACGCCCCCUGGCACAUCACUCGCCCACCAGCGACCCACAGGCCGCGCUGCGCAAUCGUCCUUCGACGAUAUGGACAUAGACACGAAUGGCGGGGCUCGUGCUGGUAGCUUCCAGGAUGGACGAUACGGCUUCAAUGAGAAUAGGCGAGGGGACAUUCCGCGAGGUCCGCGUAGGCGGUAUUGAGCCGUAGAGCGGCGUUCAUUCGUUAUUCAAGAGCGGAUCGUUCUUUAGUAUGCAUAGCCCGGAGUAAUGCGGUUAUGAGGAUUCAAAUAGCGGUCAACGCGGGCUGAUAGGUAUUCGGUAUGCGCUAGGCUAGCCUCGAAAAAUAGAC